AUGUCUAAGCUAUGCGGAGGUUGGAAGUUUACCUCAAACCAUUUAUCUGAUGAAGAUGGCAGGAUUAUAUUCAUUUGGCGUGAUCCUGGAAAAGUGAGAAUCCUCAACCAAUCUCGACAGAGCCUUACAUGUCAGAUCACUCUACCCAACUCGAAAUGCUUCACCUACACAUCUAUUUAUGCGUCAAACCUGAGCAGUGACAGAACGGAGCUGUGGGUGGAACUGCUCAAUGUUUCUCAGACUCUCUCACUGAAUUCCUCUCCCUGGAUGCUUGGAGGCGAUUUCAACCAGAUUCUAUACCCCUCAGAAAAUUCCAAUCCUGAUGUUAUCUCUUCAAACUCAAGGAUGUUGGAAUUUAGAGAUUGCCUUACUCAACUGGGAAUGUUUGAUCUGAGAUUUCAAGGCCCUCUUCAUACUUGGACAAGCUGUCAGCCGGAAUCUCCAGUGGCUAAAAAGCUAGAUCGCCUCCUUGUCAACUGUCAUCUCUUAUCCCUGUUCCCAAAUAGCUUUGCCAAUUUCCUCCCCCCCCCCCCCCUUUAA